ACAAGUUUCCAACUUCCAAAAACCGGUUUUAAUAUUUUUCUUCUUAAUUUUCAUGAUCGAGUUUGGUAAUUUGCUUCGACUUCGACAUUCGAAAUUUCUUUUAAAAAUUUCUGAGUAUAUUCCUUUCACCAUCACAAAAGAAGCGCCAAAGAAUUUGGAUCCAAUUCUUAUCAUCACUCUUCUCCACUUAUUCCUCUAAUCUGUCACCUCUUAAUUUCACAGCGUCAAUUCUUGGUGGGUUACUCUCAUUUUCAGGUGGAGUGAUUGAACUGCUUGAGAUUGACACACAGAUCAGGCUGAGCAUUGCAAUCAUGGAUAGGCUUAGCGCUUCAGCACGUCUCAUGAUAGUUUCAGAUCUUGAUCAUACCAUGGUCGAUCAUCAUGAUUCUGAGAAUUUUUCUCUGUUGAGGUUUAAUGCAUUAUGGGAAGCCAAUUACCGUCAUGAUUCGCUGCUUGUUUUCUCAACCGGCAGAUCCCCUACACUGUACAAAGAGCUAAGGAAAGAGAAACCUAUGUUAACUCCUGACAUUACCAUAAUGUCUGUAGGAACCGAGAUAACGUAUGGGCACUCGAUGGUGCCAGAUGAGGGGUGGGUUGACGUUUUAAAUCAGAAAUGGGAUAAGAAGAUAGUCAUUGAGGAAGCGAGCAAGUUUUCCGAACUUACUCCACAGGCAGAGUCAGAACAACGGCCACACAAGGUUAGCUUCUAUACUCAGAAAGACAAGGCUCAGGCUGUAACCAAGGCCCUUUCUGAGUCUCUGGAGAAACGCGGGUUGGAUGUAAAAAUUAUCUACAGUGGAGGGAUAGAUCUAGAUAUAUUACCGCAAGGUGCUGGAAAAGGACAAGCUCUUGCAUACUUGCACAAAAAAUUCAAGAGCAUCGGGAAACUACCAACCAGUACACUUGUUUGUGGUGACUCAGGAAACGACGCUGAGCUAUUUAGCAUUCCUGAUGUUUAUGGUGUCAUGGUUAGCAAUGCUCAAGAGGAACUGCUGCAAUGGCAUGCUGAAAAUGCAAAGGACAACAGCAAGAUUAUUCAUGCUUCAGAGAGGUGUGCAGCUGGCAUUAUACAAGCUAUUGGCCAUUUUAAGCUUGGUCCCAAUAUUUCUCUUAGAGAUGUCAAGGACUUCUUGGACUCUAAUCUGGAAACUAAAAGCAUUGGCCUUGAAAUUGUGAAGUUUUACUUAUUUUACGAGAAAUGGAGGCGUGCAGACGUUGAGGAAUCUUCCUUGGAUCAGUUGAAAAAUUCCUUUAAUCCAUCUGGUGUUUUUGUUCAUCCGUCUGGUCUUGAGCAAUCUCUUUCAGACAGCUUGAGUUCAAUAAGAAAGCACUAUGGAGAUUCCCAAGGAAAACAGUAUCGAGUUUGGGUUGAUCGAGUAUUGCCUACAAAGAUCAGUUUGGAUUCGUGGCUCGUGAAGUUUGACAAGUGGGAAUUAUCUGGUGAGGAGCAAUUAUGCUGCAGGACAACUGCCAUACUAAGUUCAAAGGAUUCAAAUGCUGCCAGUGAGUUUGUUUGGUUACAUGUUCAUCAGACUUGGCUGGAGGGAUCAAAAUCAGAGCUUAGUUCAACCUGGCUCUUUUAGUUUUUUUUUCCCCCCUCUAACUUCUCUCUCUUUUUCAACCCAAAUAUCUGGUCACAGAUAACUCCAGAACUAAGGCAGUACCUCUGUUUUUCAUGAAAAUAAAUGUAAUUUGAUGAUUUGACAUCUUUAUUAAAUAAAUUUAAUAUAAUGAUCACUUUGUCUUUGA